AUGCGCCGCACCGACGCACCGACCGACGCGGACAACGCGCUGACUUGCGCUUCCCCCUCCCCCGCCGCAGCCGCUUCCGCCGCCAUGUCGACGUUCAACCUCCUGGCCACGUCGUCCACUCUGUUCCCGUCGUCGUCGCUGUCGUCGACACCAGCGGCCGCCCCCCACCCGAACAGCAACAACAACAACAGCAACAGCACCAGCACCAGCGCCAGUAGCAGUGGCGUCUUGUUACUGGGCAAACUCAUGCGUCGGGACCGCCGCCUGUUCACGUGGAAGUGGCGCGACUUUGUGCUCGAGCGCUCGCGGCUGCAGUACUUUAGCGCCAAAGGCAACCGCAAGGGCGACAUUGCGCUGUCGCUGCAGACGCCCAUCACCAUCCGCAUGUGCAGCGACCCGAAGCCCUUUGGCUUCCUCCUGUUCAUCAAAGACACGAAGCUCACGCUCGCGGCAGCCACAGAGCGCGAGCGGCGGCAGUGGAUCGACGUGUUCUGCGACGUGUUCCACGCCAGCGUCGAGCAAGCGCCGACGGCCACGAAGGCCGAGCGCCGCGCAAGGCCCACGUACCUUCCGAUCCCCGACCUCGAUGCCGACAGCGACAGUCCCGCCGCGGGCGCAGUGUUUGUGCCGCCCAAUAGCUCAGUCGCGAGCGGCGACGGCAGCGACUAUGCUGCAGACUGCGGCAACUACUCGACGCCUGUCAUGGCGCACAAUGUGCUGGACAAUGACGACGUGAAGCGCGACUCGUUUGGCGAAGACAUGAUCCCGAUCUUGGAGUCGAGGAUGACGUACGGACCGAUCAAGGAACUGUUUUCGCGCAUUACGUUCCCGCCGAGCUUGGCCAAUGGCGACUUGCUGGUAGGCGUGGGGCCCAUCGUCCGUCGCGUGGGCUGGACCGAUGAACGCAUUAUGGCCGUCGGCAUGUACAUUGACCCGGAAGCCGCAACAAGGGAACUGGAAAAAUUCAACGGUCGCGUGGCCAAGAGCUUGUACGGCGACCAGCAGUUUUACAACCACCUGCUCUUCCACACGACCUUCCGACGCAGUUUUGUUGUGACUGCACGCAAACGUGUGUCCAAGUCGGUGCUGACCGCACUGCUACGCGAUGAGUUGGCCCCGCGCAUGGGACCGAACGCUGCCGCGACGAGCACGUUUCUCGGGUUCAUUGAAAAGUCGCUGAAGAAAGCCGAGUCUAUGGUCAUGCGGAUACAUGAGGACGACCGAUUCGAGUAUCGACUACGUGGCCAGUUGUAUCCGCCGAUUGCAUCGCACGCACUUUGUAAGUGCAUUCAAGCACUCUUUUUCGACAGCAAUUCCAUUCACCAUGACGCAAAACGCGGUCUGAUUGAGCGAUUGCCAUCGCUGUGGGGUGGUGAGGUGCUGGACGUGCACGACGAAAUCUUUGGUAGUCUCCACGAACGACUGCAGAACAUUGACAGCGAAGACGAAGAAGACACCGAGUCUGACGAUGAUGACGACGACGACGAUGAUGAUGAUGAUGAAGACGACAGUGAGGCAGAAGAUCUAUUUGGAAGUCACAGCAACACAAGUCACCACUCUGGCGAGGAUGACGAGCACAAGGAAAACAGUCGCGGUAAGCAAGGCAGGGAACACCCAGUGACUGCGGCUGGUAAACGCAGUCAUUUGGAGAGAAAUGACUACUCUGAUUCAUCUGCGAUGUACCAGCGACCGUCGACGCAAGACGAAUGGGCUGACUAUGACGACAAGCAGCUGGAGAUGCUGCGACGUCAGAGUCGCAGCCUCAUGGUGCAUUUUGGCCCGAUCAUGGACCGAGACAGCAAUGUUGUGUUCAGUGGAGACUUGAAUGUUGAUGGCAGUGCCUUGUUGGGAACAUGGUCUCACCAAUUUUCAGUGCCUCCAGAUGAGCACGAUGCGUCUUGUGACUCUCUCCGUCGUCGAUUCACGGUCGGAUUGUAUGUAGAUCCAGGCGCGAUCAGCGAAAGUCUUCUCAAGUUCAAGGGCCUUUCGAUCGGCAGCAUCGUGCAGAAUACGGACUACUUUCACCAAUUCUCGAGCGGUACGUUCCAGAAACAUCUUGUGAUCAAGGUGGACGCCAAGAUGAAGCUUCGGGUACUGCUGAAGUAUUUUGACACGCGCCUCCAGUCUCUGGUAUCAUCGUUUGAAGAUGUCAAGAAGCCUUUUGAUACUUUGGUGGAACUCUGGGACAGCGCACAUCCGCAGGAGCACCACCAGCAAAUUGAGCUGACUCCGAAAGACGAAGCUCGUUUCUCUAUCGGUCCCGACAAGAAAAUGGUUCUGAAGGUGAAAAAGCGUGGUCCGUCCAAGGACGACAAAAGACAAAACCAUGCUGUAGCUUCCGGCGCCUUCGUAUCAUGUCAAAGCGAGGAUAUCACGGAUAGCACCGAUUCUGCACCAUCAGCGUUUUCCCAAACAGGUACGGCGAUGACAGCCAGUGGCAGUGCUCCUUUUGUGGUGAGCAUUUCUCGUGGAAUCUAUGAAAUGGAGAUAGCACUUCCUGCUCCCCCGUUCCAUUUAGCUUUCGAAAGUCUGAUAUUCGGCUUCCACGCAAUUGACCCGUCGGCUCGAACUCAGCUCAUGGAGCGCAUACCGAAUCUCCUCGAUCUCGCACCGGACGACCUUGUUCAUACGUAUCACGAUGAGAUCCAGGCGUUGCGGGAGAACUACAAGCGCCAGAAGCCAGAGAACCGUGUGAAAGUGGGCUAUUUGUCCAUCUCGUUUGAAAAGCGCAAGCUGCAAAGGAACACAGAGAAAGGCGGUGCCAAGGAGGUUACGAUGGUGCCGUCACGGUGGUCCAAACGCUGGUGCCGGCUAGACGGAACGUUGUUCUCGUACUAUUCCCACAAACGAUCGCGCAAAUAUCGGGACAUGAUGGAACUAACGCGAUGUGAGGUUGUAGAGAUCACGGCCAACAGCGGUCCUGACGUAGCGCGUUUUGCGUGGGAAAAGGGCGACAGCGACAGUGUUCGCAUCGCGGUCAUCAAGCCAAACGGCGAGAUACUGGCGCUGCGAACCGAAACCAUCUACGAAGGCGAAGAGUGGCUCGAAUCGCUCACUGAUGCCAGCAAAGUGCGGCGGCACGGUGACAGUCCCGACAAUUGGGGCGCUUGGGACGCAAACUUCUCACAGCUCCAACGACGGAGCAGUAGCACCCGUGACGCGGCAUCGAACCGUGAUGAUAGAAGCGGUUCGUCGGGUAGUGCUUUGAACGGCGAGCGGCACUCCAAUGGCGGACAAGGUGCAGCUGCGAACAAGGGCCAUGCAAGCAUAGCUGCAGCUAGCACGCUACCACUGGGUCCAGCACAUGAAGAAGACAGCGACCGCUUUGAUGACGCGGAUGUUGACGAGUACGAUAGCGACGAGGAUCUGGUCGAAAAGGACGGAUCGCUGCUUGCAUGGAUGCAGGAAGAUCCUCGUCAUGCUAUCAUUGCAUUUUUGCUGGUUUUUAUCGUGUACCUUGCAUCAAUGAUGCAUCGCGUCCAGCAAGUUCUCGUCGACACGACCGACGUGCCGUGA